AAAUUUGCACGGCACAGAAGUAAAAUCUGUUUGAUUUUUUCGUGAAAUAUUUAAUUUAAUAUGUGAUGAUUUCACUCAUCAUUACAGGAUUUAAAAAAUAACCGGUAUCAUUCGUGGUCAAAAUUAUAGACAAGUUCUAGAUAUAUAUUUUAAAUGUAUGUGCGGUGUAAAAUUGGCAUUUUGAAAACAUUAUUUUAAAUUCUGGCAACGCAGGCUAGCUAAAGGUUGAGAAAGUAAAUAAUAAAUAAACAACAAUUAACCUAAGGGCGAAUGUUUACUACUGGUUAGAUCUAGAUCUAGAUACAUUUUUUAAACAAAGUUUGCAAACAAGCAGGAAAAUCGGGUCUAAAUUUCUAAAAUGAAUAUUAUUAGUACUCUGGGAAAAGCCACUUUUAUAGACUUUGGUAUUCAGUGGAUUUGUUGGGCAAUAGCAGCUUCAUUAAAAACAGAAAAGUUUUAUGACUUGGCAGGUUCCAGCACCUACAUUGUGUUAACUCUAAUGAGUUUAUAUCCAAACAAAACCCUUCACACCAGGCAAAAAGUGAACAGCACAAUGAUACUUACAUGGGCUACCAGGCUAGGUAUAUUUUUAUUUACAAGAAUACUUAAAUCAGGCAGUGACAAAAGAUUUGAUUCAGUAAAAACUAAGCCUGGUGUCUUCUGGAUAUAUUGGACACUGCAAGGUGUUUGGGUAUUAUCUACUCUACUCCCCUCAUUAAUAGUGAAUUCAAAGAAAAAUAACAGUCGCAUCACCACUAAAGAUUAUGCAGGUUGGGGCCUGUGGGGCAUAGGUUUCCUGUUGGAAGUUAUUGCUGAUUACCAAAAGUCUAGAUUUCACAGCAACCCAGCUAACACUGGCAAAUUCAUCAAUUCAGGCUUAUGGAGUAUAUCACAGCAUCCAAAUUACCUUGGAGAAAUAUUAAUGUGGACAGGUCUCUACAUUUCAGCGUCCUCUACUCUUAAGGGCUGGGAACAUGUUAGCAUUAUCUCCCCUGUACUUUUAACAUUUCUCCUUACCAAAGUCAGUGGCAUUCCACCUCUUGAAAAGUCAGGAUUAAGGAAGUGGGGAUCUGAUCCAAAUUACAUUUCCUACAUACAGACAACUGCUAAACUCAUUCCAUUCAUAUGGUGAUGUUUUUAAUCAUGUUUUUGUUGGUGCUUUAUGUGUUUUUAUAUGUGUGACAUAACAAAAUAAUGUAUCAGUUUGAUAGAGAGAGAAGCCUCUUUUCUAAAUAAAAAAAGUUUCUAGCUGUAUUUUUACCACUUUCUAUUGGAUGAACAUAUAGCAGCAUUAAGGUUUAAAAUGUUUGUAAAAGCUAAAAUGAAUUAGUUAAAGCUAUUUUGUAACUUACUUGAAGGUGUACUAAUUUUCACACACUUUUAUUUACUGGCAUGCACAUCCCCUGUUUGUGAUUAAUAUAUUACUUUUAUUCACAUACAAGUAAGAUUUAAUGUUUAACUAAAAGAUAAUUGUUACUUGAAUUUUUUAUUUUUGUUACUAAACUUUCAUAGUAAUACCAUUUGAAAGCCAUCCAUUUGAACUUUUUUUCUUGCCUGUAUAUUAAUUAAAAAGGAGAAAUAUAUUCAUAAAAUCAACUGUUUUUUUUUUCUCUAAGUAGUAGGGACAAUCUUUGUUUUGAACUGAGUACAUAAAAAGUAGCCUACAUAAAAAUUUAAUCUGCAGGUGCAUAAUAGAGUGCAAAUAAGUUGUCAGAUAUGAAUAUAAAAAACCAAUGCAGAUGUACCUUCUGUUGUCAAAAGAUGCCACAGACAAUUAUGGAAAAUGGGUUAUCAAUUUCCACAUGGUGCAAGAGCAUCAUGGGAUCCUAAGAAAGAAAUCCAAUGUUUUCCUUGUCAAAAUAUUCGACUAUGUGUAAUAUGUACAUGAUUUUUUUCUAAAUAGAAAUUGGUAUUAUGGUUGGCAAAAUAUUUUCCACUGAGUUUUUCUAAAACAUUCCCUUGUUUAACAUUAAGAAUAUAAGUUUCCAGCAAGUAUACAGCCAGGUGAAAAGUUAUGUGUUUUGAAAUACAUUUAGGCUACUCUUCACUCACCAAAAAUAUUAAAAUAUAUGUAUCAAAAGUAUAAGAUAUUUUGUAAGUCAGAGGGCUGUACAAAGAACAAUAGAUUAGCAUGUUUGAUGUUGGUGUUGUUAAAUUGUAUGAUGUGUUAAUUAAAUUCAUACUGUAUUUAUAUUGGUCAUGUAAAAUUUCUAAAUAUAAAUAUGCCACUUUUAUAUGUGAAUGUACACAUGUACACAAAUUACUGGUUAAAUAGAUAAAGUUUUUAUAUUUUAUGUAAUGACCAGCAUAACUUUGUUUUCCAUUUAAUUUUUAAGCCUUUAUUUAAAGAAUUAUAUGUGUUGUAUACAGAUAGAUUAAUAAAAUCAAUGUAUAUUUGUAUUCUUUUACCAUAUAACCUAACAUAAGUUAUAAUUUUAUAAUGGCCUACUAAUACUAUUUUUUAAUUAACAUUAUUAUAUAAUAAUACUAAUACUAAAUAGUAGUACAAAAAUGUUUCUAUUUUGUUUAGAUGUUGAUCACUGUUCUUAUUUUCAUAUUUCAUUAGAGUAAGGGAAUUAAAAGCA